AUGUCGGAAACUUAUCGUCAGCAAGCUUUUGGGCAGCCGACCUUCACCGACGGACAUGCGAGUGGGAGUUCCUCUGGACAUGAUCUCUUCGACAUCCUCGACGCCGCCAAUCUCUAUCACGAUCACGAAUAUCAUCCCGGUGGACAGCACUUACAACCACUGCAAAUUCCUACCCAAAAUGAUAUCGCGCAAAAUCAGCACUUUGCGUAUGCAUUGCACGCCAGCGGUGUGUCGGCUCCAGGCCUGCAAUACACCUCGCCCACAAUGCCGACCAUGACCGGACACAUCCCGCAACAUUUCGAGCACGACUCUACACUUCAGAUUGGCUUCGAUGAUCUCCAGGGCUUCUCCCCCGUUACGCAGGGCUUUAGCAUCAACGCCUAUCGCACGCCAUACCCCGACAGCAACGCGACAUCCACAUCUUCAGCCACAUCACCCGACCCCACCCACGCAAGUCUCCUCAACGAUCCAAUUGUCGUCGAGGCGGAAGAAGAUAAGCGAAAACGCAACCAAGCUGCAUCCGCACGUUUCCGUCAGAAGAAAAAGCAGCGCGAGAUGCAACUCAUGGAGACCAGUCGCGAAAUGCAAGACCGAACCAAGAAGCUCGAAGCUGAGAAUGAUGGGUUAAAGAAGGAGAAUAUGUUCUUGAAAAAGUUGCUUGUGGAGAAGGUGGAUCAUAUGAGCGACGAGGAUCGGGAGUUGCUGAAGAAGGCUGCCGAAGCGACGUGCAUUGCAAUCUGCUGA